AUGUACGUCAUCGUUUUCCACGGAGAUCAGCAGAACUUUGGGGGGAACGAAACGCCACGAAACGCCACUCGCCACUCGCCGCAGGCAUUCAACAGCGAACGCAUUGUGGUGCCAUCCUCUGGAGAGCCACAGAUCUUUCAUGUCGUUCGUGGAAAGAUUCCGAGUGACCUGAAAACGCAGCUGAGUGCACCUUUGUCAGAGAUGGACAAGAAUAGCAUCUUCAAUGAGGUGGGCCUGCUGAGUGCGACCUCGCUUCCGAAGCAGGAGAAGCCCAAGGUGCUGUGGUUGUUUGGCCCGCCAGCCGCGGGGAAGAGCACCUUGGCCUCUGAGCGCACCAGCGAACUCUUUGGAUCCAAUGACUUCGUGUGCGUCGACGGAGACGAGAUCCGUGACCGGCAUCCGGCGUUUCGUGCAGUGACUCAACACGGCUUGGAGAGCCGUGUCCUGCACAAAGACGCGUGGGAAAUCCUCAAGGAGACCGGCUGUGUGGAAGGUCUGAAGAAGCAGAUCCUGCAAAAGGCCAUCGAAAAUCGUCAGAACAUCACCAUGCCGGACUGCGCUUUGAAACCCAAACGCGUCAUGGAAAUGCUGAAGGCCCUGCAAAAUGCCGAUUACGAGAUGCAUGCCAUUUGCCUGUGGGCUCCGGCUUCAGAAGCUGAGAGGAGGGGCCGGGUGCGCUCCAUCCAAACUGGCAAGGCAUACAGUCCCAAGUUCCAUCGUCCCAGCCGUGAAGGGACCAUUGAAGUUGCUCACUACUGGGAAGAAAUGAGGCAAUUGAACCACCACUUCCAAAGCAUCGAAUACUAUGACACCACUGCGCAAGCAGGGCGGAAGGUGGUAGACUUGGCUUCUUUCGAGCGCUUGGGGGCCGAGACCGAGCUCCGAAGGGCCGAGACCUUUGGUGAUCCCCGGGAAUCCAUCAAGAAGCCGUCAGGGAAAGCUUCGUGGGAUUUCACCCUGACCAACGGGAACGACAAUAUUCCUAGCAGAAGACAGGCGGAUUCGCAAGAACUGGUGGAGCUGGUUCUCUGCACCGGUGGUCGCAGGACGGCUCAACACGAAAAAGAGUGCUCCAUGGCGGCCAUGGUUCCUGUGGGUUACCGUCUUCACUUUGCGAGGCAUCAGCCACUGCUGAGUCCCGAGUUUCAUAUCAAAGUUGCACGGCCCAGGGCGGUGUUUCAGCGAAACAAACUCACGGCCCAUGAGGAGUUUGGUGGCAAGGUCCCAGAGGUGUUCUCAAAGAAACGUACAGCAGUUGUACCUCGGCUGCAUUUGAAGAUCCAUGGGGUGAUUGCCGUUCUUGAACGCAAAGACGGACGCGGAAAACUGCUGCGUCCCGGCGUCGAUGGAGCAGCAGAAACUCGGCUCACUGGCAAGUCGGGAUGUGAGUUGAGUUGUGGUGAAUAUGAGGGGAACCAUCCAACGAUUGUAGAAGAGUUGACCUGGGCGCGAACCAGGCCACAAGAAGUUAUCGAGGCUCUUGAGGAGAGGCUGAAGAACUAUCGCGGCAAGGACUACUAUCCUCCAGAACGCGGUGGUGCUUGCGUUGUCACCAAAGAAGGUGUCGCGGUGGUACAAGAAGCCAUUGACUAUGUGAAGAGUCUUGAGAAACUGGAAGGCGUCGGCAGUGAGUCGCAGCAGGGUCUGGCCUUGGCCGCUGCGGACCACAUCUGGGAUAUCGGUCAGACGGGCACGGCCUCCCACAGCAGCUCUGAUGGCACUUCGGCCGGAGAACGUGCCUCACGCUAUGGCCACUUCGGGUCCUUUGGCGAAUGCCUGUGGUAUGGCUCGGACAAAGCCGACGCCCGCUGUGUCGUCCUGGAUUUGAUCGUGGAUGACGGGGUGCCGAGUCGAGGCCACCGCAAGGGUGUUCUGGACCCUCGCUACGACACGGUGGGCGUGGCGUAUGGUCCUCAUUGCACUUUCGGGCAGAUGGCUGCCAUGGAAUUUGCCCGGGGCUGGGAGCCCGACGCUGACGCUGUGCGUGCUCGCGUUGAAAGUGGGCCCUUCAAGAUGAGUGCCGAAGCGAUGGCUGCAGCCAAAAGCAAGGUAGAGACAGCCUGGAGCUUGGGCCAGUGCCCCAUUUGUCGCGAAACCAUCAAAGGUGGCAAGGUGGUCGAUGUGGCGGAAGUGGGAGGCAAACUCCACGCAGGGUGCUUCAAGUGCAUGGCAUGUGCCACCUCUUUGGUUGGUGGAGCCUUUAAGGUGCAAGCGCGCCAGCCCUAUUGUAAAACAUGUUUCUACGAGAAGUUUGGUGAGACUUGCAAGGCGUGUAGCAAAGUCAUCACUGGUAGCAUGGUCUCCUGUGCCCUGGGGAAGUUGCAUCUGGAAUGCCUGAUCUGCAGCGCCUGCAAGAAAUCCAUUGGGAAGGCCUCUUUCUCCACAACAGAUGGGGCCAUCAAAUGCCAGGAGUGCAGUAAGGCCGAGCCCGCGCGCAAGGGCGGUGCCAGUGGUGCCUCGAAACCACUGGCAGGCGCUGGGGCAGCCAUCACUGGAGCGGCGAAGGCGAAGCCUAAGGCAGUCGCCAAGGUGAGCAUGGCCAAGGCGAAAGCUUCUGCCAUGGGCCUCGCCAUGGACUAUGCUGCGUUGGGCUGA